AUGGCGCCCCGCGACAGGCGCGCCCCUUCGGCCCCCUCCAGGCCCAGCGCCGCGCUGGAGCGCUCCUCGCAGGUCGGCUUCCUGGAGAGCAGCAUCCUGGGCGUGCUGCCCUCGGCCAUGCUCACGCGCUACUUGUCCCGGCUGCGGCUGGGCGGCGCGCUGCACGAGCCGCAGGUCCUCAUGAGCACGGAGGAGCUGAUCAGGCGCGAGGGCUACCCCGUGGAGACGUACACCGUGCGCACCAAGGACGGCUACAUGCCACUGCUGGUCCGCAUCCCCCGCGGCCGCCAGGACCGCCAGGACGCCGACAACGCCUCGGCCCGCGGCGCGCCCCCCAAGGCCUCCAAGGCCCCCAAGGCCACCAAGCAGGCGGGGCGGCCCGUGCUCAUCACGCACGGCGUGCUGCAGUGCUCCGACAACUGGGUGCUGCGCGGCAGAGACCACGACCUCCCGUUCCUGCUGGCCGACGCGGGGUACGACGUCUGGCUGGCCAACACCCGCGGCUCCACGUACUCCCGCAAGCACGAGAAGUACUCCGACUCCGACUACCGUUUCUGGGACUUCACACUGCACGAGCCAGGGGUGUACGACCUGCCGGCCUUCAUGGACAAGGUGCUGAACACGACGGGCGCGUCCAAGCUGCACUACAUCGGCCACUCCAUGGGCACCACCAUCUUCUACAUCCUGGGCUCCACGCGGCCCGACCUCAUGUCGCGGGUGCGGCUCGCAGUGCACCUGGCGCCCGUCACCUACUGGAGCCGCAUCCAGAGCCCCCUGGCCAAGCGGGCCUUCCAGGCCGCCUCCGUGCUCAAGAGACUGAACAUGCCGAUGCUGUUCGACAACUACUUCUCCCGCAGCAAUCGCUCCGUCGUCAUGGCCGACGUGCUGUGCCGGGACGGGUCCCCCGUGCAGGGGCUGUGCGCCGAGGCCCUGUUCGGCAUCGUCGGCUCCAACAAGGCCCAGCUCAACAUGACCAUGCUGCCCAUGAUUUUUGCUCAUUUCCCUGCUGGGGCAUCAGUUGGUCAGGUCGCCCACUACUACCAGAACUACGAGCAAGGUAUUUUUCACCAAUAUGACUAUGGAUCUGAGCAAAAUAUUAAAAAAUAUGGCAGUUCAAGGCCUCCAGUUUAUAACAUGAGCAGAGUCACCGCCCCUGUUGCUAUUUGGUACGGCCUAAAUGAUAGGCUUGUGUAUCAUGAGGACGUGGUGGCUUUGUCAAAGCAGUUGCCCAAUUUGGUGGGAUUGCACCUUGUUCCAUUUCCCAAAUUUAACCAUUUUGACUUCUUAUGGGCUACAGACUCACAUUCUUUACUGUAUGAUGAUGUAAUGAAGGUUAUGAGUAGAUUCUAGUCAAUACAAUAAGCAAUAGCUUCCAACAAAAUUCAUAGGAAAUGUUUAAUUUGAUAAAUAAAAUAAAAGCUUGGUUGUAAAGUACAGAUAAGUGUUAAAGGUUAAGAAACAAUUUGGAGAGAAAAUGCUGUUGGUUUGCUGGAAAAUAAUUUAUUUCUCAAAAAAGUGCAUCGGAGGCUGGUGCUGGUGUGGCCAGUGUAUUGACUAAAGACUGACCUGUAUUCAUAAAUUCGAGUUUAUUGUAGAAAUUAAGGCAAAUAAGAGUUUAUCUUAAGCAUUUGACAAAAACAAAGCAUGAAACUUUGAAAGAGGUGUGCAGUGAUCCAAUUUGCUUGUAAUGCACGUGUAUCAAAAGUAAAUCUGUUGACUUCACUGAUUAUAAAAAAAAUAAAAAACUAUCGCUGGGUGAAUACACCCCCACCAUA